GGUUACGCGAGUUGAUUUGUACGUUGUUCUUCCCUCCCCCUUUCCAAAGACGGUGCUCGUUUCGGCUGUUUGGCAGAGUUUGCUGCGAAGAACGGGGAGUUUUCCCCCGAAUUCCCCAAAGGCGAUCCAGGUGGACACGCUAUUAUUCGGGAAAUAUAACAGACUUGUUGUGAGAUGUCGCUGCGCGUAUUUUUGGUGGCAUUUUCAGGCGGCGGCAGCGGAGCGUCCAAGCCAGGCUAAGCUAAGCUAAGCUUAACUACGUCGUAGUGACGACGUCGUGUUUGACUUGGCUUUUACUUUUCCUUGGGAAUAUCUUCUGAUACAUCAAAACCUUCAUUUUUGUCCGCGUCUCAAAGCAGCGGCGGAACGGCCGGAGACCAUUUGCGGUCGUUAGCCUAAGCGAGCUACACCCACUCCAAAGCGAGUUAAUUUUUGACGUCAGCUGGUCCAGCGGUCGGGACACCAGCGGAAGAAUCCAGUGGAUUUAGCAAAUGCUGGCCGAGAUAGUCUAGCUCAGCCACAUCGGCACAAACUAGCCUAGCAAGCUAGCUAGCGAGCGAGUCAAACUUUCACCAGCACGGCCUGUUUUUCACGAGCAUCGCUCGAGGCACCAGCGUUGGAUUCGAACUCCUUUAGCUUGGAGUGCUAACAGCUAGCGAAAGAGGGAGCCGAGCCACAUCAGUGUCAGUGCGGAUUGAUUUUCAAGUCGCCCGGCGGAAGAAGCUAAAGUAGACAGGCUAACAGGCGGCUUGGUUUUGACGUCACCCGCCCAGCGUAGUCCACGGGGCACCUGCGGAGGGAUCUAGCGGAUUCACUCCAAACUUGGCCUACCGAGCUAGCAGCAGAAACGCGGAUUGAUUUUGCUUGGCUGGAGCGGACUGGCGGCUAAUGUUAGCCUAGCGCCGCGCGGACACAGACUGAUUUCGACGACACUCGAACGGGGAGAAAUCUAGCGGACUAGCUCGUGUGAGCCGACCCGAGCUACAUCGUGACGGGCCGCUUUUGCCGUCGCCACAUGACCUCCGCCAGCUAAACUUAGCCGCGCCUAGCAGCGCUCUCGCUCGCCCGUCUCCCCCUCUUCCUAGCAGCGUUGUUUUUCGGCGGAGCCAGCAUGGCCACCAGCGGCUACUCCGACCUGCGCGACAAGCUCCGCUCCAUGCCGCCGCACCGGGACGAGCACCGGACAAGCAACGGCAGCACGGGGCGAAAGCGGCGCCGCCGCGAGUCCGACGACGACGAGUGCGAUCACAGCGACGACAGCGGCGAGCUCCGCGAGCAGGAGGCCCAGCGGGUGCGCAGCAGCGCCCUCCAGAAGAGCAUCUUCACGCCGGAGGAGUGCGCGCGCAUCGAGGGGAAGAUCGACGAGGUGGUGGCCAAGGCGGAGGCCGGACUGUACCGCGAGCACACGGUGGACCGCGCGCCGCUGCGCAACAAGUACUUCUUCGGCGAGGGCUACACGUACGGGGCGCAGCUGGAGAAGCGCGGGCCGGGCCAGGAGAGGCUCUACCGCAAGGGCCAGGUGGACGACAUCCCGAGCUGGGUGCACGAGCUGGUCAUCCAGCGCCUGGUGUCGGCUGGCGUCGUCCCGGAGGGCUUCGUCAACAGCGCCGUCAUCAACGACUACCAGCCGGGCGGCUGCAUCGUGUCCCACGUGGACCCGCUGCACAUCUUUGCGCGGCCCAUCGUCUCCGUGUCCUUUUUCAGCGACAGCGCGCUCUGCUUCGGAUGCCGCUUCCAGUUCAAGCCCAUCCGGGUGUCCGAGCCCGUCUUUGUGCUGCCCGUCCACCGCGGCAGUGUCACCGUCCUCAGCGGCUACGCUGCUGAUGACAUCACGCACUGCAUCAGACCUCAGGACAUCAAGGAGCGGCGAGCCGUCAUCAUCCUGAGGAAAACCAGACCCGACGCCCCCAGACUGGACUCCGACAGCCCUUUACGUUCGGCCCCGGUGGAGCGGCCGCCCCCCCUCAAAGCCAAGCGCUCGCAUCGAAAGGCCGACCCAGACGCGGCUCACAGGCCGCGCAUGCUGGAGAUGGACAAGGAGGAGAACCGGCGGUCGUCCGGCCAACGGCGUCGCAGCUCGUCUUCGGACGACUACAGGAAGCGCGAGGCCGACUACGACAAACAUCGCGAGAGCUCGUCGCGCAAAGUGAAAAUGCGGCGUCACUGAGGGGCCCCACUUGUUUUCUAGCGGGAGAGCUGUUACUGUCUGAAGAUGUACAUACUUUGGAAAGCUGCUUGUACAUAAGGAAAGCGGAGGUGUACAAAUAACACUUGUCUUAGUCUUUUGUUUUUUUUUUGGUCUUCUUUUCCGCCAGCAUUUCACACCUUUUGUUUGUUAGCCUCAAGCAGUUUAGGAAGAUUGGAAAUUUGGACCUCCUUCACGAGCGCCAGAGGCCGCCUUGUUGCUUUUUCUCUAUUUUAGGAAGAUUGGAAAUUCGGACCUCCUUCACGAGCGCCAGAGGCCGCCUUGUUGCUUUUUCUCUAUUAAAGCACAAAACCUUG